AUGAAUGGCGUUUCUCCUAUCCCUAUGGAUGAGGACCAAACUCGAAUAAACCUUUCAUGGAUCUGCGAUGAUAUAAAGCUGAAUUUCACCAAUCCUGCAGUUGAGGGUGAAAACAUAUCUUGUGUGCAAUAUGAUGGUAGUGGAAACUUUUUGGCUUAUGGCGAUAGGGGUGGAAAAAUCUCAAUUUUGAAAACGAAUAAUGAGAAUAAAAAGUCAGGUUUUCCUCGUUAUGAGCCCUACUGCGCCUUCGUAAGCCAUGAAUCAGAAUUCGACUACCUUAAGUCGCUUGAAAUCGAGGAAAAGAUCAACCGCAUUCGUUGGUUACCUCAACAGAACUCUUCGAGGCACCUCCUUUCCACAAAUGAUAAAACAAUCAAACUAUGGCGUCUUUCGGAGCGUCCAAAUCGGUCUUCCGAAACGGUUUAUCGAAUUUCUAGACGUCUUACCUCAAUGGCAACACAAGAAGGCGACGAGGAAGUCUUCGAAGAGGACCUGAAUACAGGUACAGGCGGUGCUGGUGAUGUCCCGGCUUCACAGAUUUUGGCGCCUCGACGUAUUGAGGCUGCAGCUUCAGUAGAUACAUCGGUAGUGGCCCGCUGUCGACGAGUCUAUGCCAAUGCACAUGCCUAUCAUGUAAAUUCAAUCUCCGUCAAUUCGGACCAGGAAACAUUCCUCUCUGCAGAUGAUCUACGCAUCAACCUCUGGCACCUCAAUGUCAGCGAUCAAUCUUUCAACAUUGUUGACAUAAAACCAGCGAACAUGGAGGAGCUGAGUGAAGUGAUUACCUCAGCAGAAUUCCAUCCCACAAGUUGUUCUCUCUUUAUGUACAGCAGCAGCAAGGGUAUCAUUCGACUUUGUGAUAUGCGUCAACAGGCCCUCUGUGACAAAUCUGCUCUUACCUUCCAAGAAGUAGACGCACUGGAAAAUCGUGGCUUUUUCUCCGAGAUUGUCAACAGCAUAACAGACCUGAAAUUCAGCAAUUCCAACCGAUAUGUACUAAGCAGAGACUACUUAACUCUAAAAGUUUGGGAUAUGAAUAUGCCUACUGGACCUGUGGAAGUUUAUCAUGUGCACGACUAUCUCAGGAGUAAAUUUGUAGCCCUCUACGAAAACGAUUGCAUAUUUGAUAAAUUUGAGUGCGCUUGGUCCCCGGAUAAUAACUACCUCAUCACAGGUUCCUACAACAAUCUCUUCCGAGUAUUUGAUCGAUCCUCUGGCAGAAGUGUACUGAUCGAAGCGGCUGUUAGUUCCCACUUGGUCGAAAUGGCUAAUUCUUCGGACGCUCUGCGCACCCGUGAAGUCACAAGUGAUCCCGUUGCCAUCUCUGACAAUCAAAUUAGUGUCGACUCAAUCGAUUACUCCAAGAAACUCCUCUACAUGGCCUGGCAUCCCUCUCUUUCUCGAGUUGCCAUGGCUAGCAACGACUCUCUCUUCAUGCUUUCCUCGCAAGGUGAACAAAGUUGA